AUGGCGCCCACACACACAUCGCUGCGGACCACAGCGGCCGAGAACAUCGUGUUGAUCCCAGCCAUCAACAAGAACAGCACGACUGGCUACAAGGGCGUGACCUACGACCGCAGCAGAAAGAAGUUUGUGGCACAGGUGUGGGAUGGCGGCAAGCAUGUCCACCUCGGAUACUUCGCCACCGCCGAAGGGGCGGCCAUCGCCUACGCUCUCUCGGAGUACGGCCGCGCCGACGCCGCCAAGCUGCUGCAGCCUCGCGCUGCUCCCACUGCCGCUGGCGCCGAGGAGGAGGCGCUCGAGUGCGUCAUUUGCUUGGACGACCUCAGCGCACACGCCGAGGCGCGCCUGCAGCCUCGCGACCCUAAUGGCUGGGGCGCCACGCGCUGCUGCAAGAGCCUCUUCCACUACCGCUGCCUGCACACUUGGCUCAGCGACGACAGCGAGGUCGAGACGAGUCGAGGCAUGGAGCCGAUCAACACGGCUUGCCCUGGCUGCCGAGGCUUCGUGUCGAAGUCGGCGUCGCGCAUGCUUUGUUAG